GUCAUGGUCCAGUAGGGGAUUUACCUGUGUACAAUAUGGAAACAUGAAGUGUACACCAAAAACUGACUUGGGGAAAAUCAAGUUGUUCCCCAGGGUUGGAGGAACAACAACAUUUCUUUCAGAUUCAACACAGUGAAAUACAAACACCAACACUAUCUUGGGUUGUGGAGGCAGAUCUGGUCGACCAGGCUGAGGCAGCACAAUUAAAAUGAAACAUAAGUAGAUCAGGCUUUUUGUCGCCAAAGUAUUAACAUUGUUCAAGAAUUCACUGUCCGUUGCCAAAAGGUCUACGAUCAUCAGCACCUGUUUGUGCAGAUUUUAAAAAGGAAAGGUAAGCAGGUCAUCCAAAGUCUAAAACACUGGAUAUCUGACACCACCUGUGCUCCGGCCUCUCUCCUCCUCUACAGACUCCACCCUGGGGAGGUUUAAAAGGCCAUGAGACACCUGAGACCUGCCACUGUGAUCAGACACCUGACUCUGGCUCAUCCCCUCACAGCCGAACCUGUUUAUUCUCCAUCUUCUUAUUCCUCCAGCAUCCCUCCAUCUCCCUCUCCACCAUGAGUCUGAGUCGUACCAAGCGGAUCAGCUCCAGCAGCUCCAUGCGGAGCAGCAGCGGGUCGAGGAGGCUGAGCGGCUUCGGUCCGGGUCAGGGCGGGUUCACCGGCGUCUCCCUGAGUAGCAGCUCUCUGUACACGGGCUCCAACGGGCACCACCACGGCCUGGGCGCCCCGCUGGCCUCCCUGUCUGUCAACAAGAGCCUGCUGGCCCCCCUCAACCUGGAGAUCGACCCCAGCCUGUCCAUGAGCCGAGCCCACGAGAAGGAGCAGAUCAAGAGCCUCAACAACCGCUUCGCCAGCUUCAUAGAUAAGGUGCGUUUCCUGGAGCAGCAGAAUAAGAUGCUUGAGACGAAGCUGGAGCUGCUGCAGGGCCAGGGCGUGGGCCGCUCCAAUGUGGAGCCCCUGUUUGAGGCCUACAUGGCGGGCCUGAGGCGCCAAAUGGACCUGGUCAACAACGACAAGACCAAACUGGAUGGGGAGCUGAGGAACAUGCAGGGCCUGGUAGAGGACUACAAACACAAAUAUGAGGAUGAGAUUAACAAGAGAAACAACCUGGAGAAUGACUUUGUUAUCCUAAAGAAGGACGUAGACUCUGCCUACCUGGUGAAGGCAGAUCUGGAAGAUAAGGUGGGAGCUCUGACCGACGAAAUCAACUUCCUGCGCAACGUCUACGAUGAGGAGCUGCGUGAGCUGCAGGCGAGCAUCAAAGACACGUCAGUGGUGGUUCAGAUGGACAACAGUCGCAGCCUGAACAUGGAGCAGAUCGUAGCCGAGGUCAAAGCCCAGUAUGAGGAGAUUGCUGCCCGCAGCCGAGAGGAGGCCGAGGCCUGGUACAAGAGCAAGUUCGACCAGAUGUCGGUGCAGGCCAGCCAGUUUGGAGACGAACUCCGCAUCGUGAAGGGAGAGGUGGCCGAGGUGAACCGCCUGAUCAGCCGACUGCAGAGCGAGAUAGAGGCCGUCAAAGCUCAGCGUGCCAGUCUGGAGAACCAGCUCGCCGAGGCAGAGGAGCGUGGAGAGCUGGCCGUGAAAGAGGCCAAGGCCCGGACCAGAGACCUGGAGGAUGCACUGCAGAGAGCCAAACAGGACAUGGCCAGGCAGCUCAGAGAGUACCAGGACCUGAUGAACCUGAAACUGGCUCUGGACAUUGAGAUCGCCACCUACAGGAAGCUGCUGGAGGGAGAGGAGGACAGACUCGGGCAGCAGUCCAUCCUCAACAUUCAGGCCGUCUCCACCUACAGUACUAAAAGUACUAAUGGCUACCACAGUAACAGCAGCUCCCCUGCUCCAAAACUGCUGAUAAAGACAACUGAGACCAGAGAUAACAGCAGAUACAGCACACACUGAGACCACAUGCAUGUACCAACAAACACAAUCAUACACACAAAACAGGUAUCUCUAAACGUGUGAGGGGCAUUUAAUUACUAACCUCUACUUAGAAUAAUGGAAAAAUAAAAUCAUCUGUACUUCUAAAAAUGCAAUAUAAAGUGAAAUAGAGCUGGGGAUUGUUGUUGCUGAUAUAAUUUAGUCUAUGGAGUCUUUAACAAACACUGUAGUAAAAUGCUGUAUUAUUUUCUAAACACAUGUAAUCUGUGGUGAGAUUAUAAGAAUAUAAAAAUACUGUAGUCCUGUAGAUCAUGUUUGGGAUAUCAUAUAAAUUGUGUACUGUGUUUUGUAUUCAACACAGUUUUUUUUUUUUUUUUUUUUACACUGAAGGACUAAAUUUAGAUGAACAUUGAUGCAGCUAAACUAGUUUAGUUAAUUAAGUUUCUUACUUUCUGCUUUUGCUUCCACAAACAAUAAAAAUGAGUAAACAGAC